AUGUCUCUACCUUCAAAAUAUGCCCCUGAGGGGUUAAGUGCUGAAGAUCAGUCACGAGUAAUAACUGUUGGAAAUAAGAGACCUCGAAAACCAAUAAAUUAUAUCCAUAGAACAAUUGAUGAUAAAAUUCAAAACGCGUUACAGAAUCAUCAUCUUAACCACCAGGACCAACAAAAUGGACAUAAUAAUGAUGACGAUGAUAUUGAAAUGAUACCUUUUGAAGAUGCAGAAGAAGUCGAUGUUAUUACUUCAUAUGUUGAAUAUUUACGUGGUCAUACAGCUUAUGAACAACAACAACAUAAUGAUAUGAUGAUUGAUGAAGAUGAGUUUAAUGAUAAUAAUAAUGAACUAGUUGAAAUUAUAGAAGGAAAUAUAUCUUAUUUAAUCCUUGAUACAAAUUUUUUAAUAUCUCAUUUGAAAAUAGUAGAUUGUCUUAAAAAAUUAGCCCCUAAUCAUGGAUUGAAAAUAAUUAUUCCAGUUUAUGUAAUUCAAGAAUUAGAUGGAUUAAAAAAUUCAAAUAAAAUUAAUAAUUCAAAUAAUGGAGAAGAUGGAUGUUCAGGUGAAUCGAUUUCACAAUUAGCUAAAUGGGCAAACCAAUGGGUUUAUAAUUCAUUAAUUGAUUCAAAAACAAUAGUUAAAGGUCAGAAAUUAUCUCAACGUAUAGAUAAAAGUUUAAUUAAAGAUGAUGCUAUAUUGGAUUGUUGUUUAUAUUUCAAAAAAAAUCAUCCUAAUAGUUUAACUAUUAUAUUAUCAAAUGAUAAAAAUUUAUGUUCAAAAGCAUUAAUGAAUGAAUUAUUAACUGUUAGUUUUAGACCUAAUAUGAGUGGUGAAUUAAUUGCAGAAACUAUAUAUAAUGAAAAUAUUCAAAGAUUUGGAAAAAUAGAAACUAAAACAAAAGUUAUCAAAAAUGCCACACCAUUAAGAAUAAAUUCACCAAUUCCUGAUACUCCUCCUCCUCAUCCAACAGUUGCUCCUUCAAGUGAAUGGGUGGCUAAAACUCAAGAAAUAGACAGAUAUUCUAGUUUUGAAAGUAUAUCUAUUGGUGUAUACAAUGAAAUUCAAAUGGUUUUGUUAUCUGCAUUACAUCAUUGUAUGGAAGAAGAAUAUGGAGAUGAUUUGGAUUUGAUUCGUGAUUAUGAUAAAGAUCAAAUAGUUACUAUUGAUGAUUGUGCUAAUUUGAUUAUACGAUUCUGGAGUACUGUUUUUCUGGAAUAUUUCCGAGCUACUCCUGAUCAUUUCUUACCAUUUCAUCAAUCAAAUGUUCGUCGAAAAUUUUCAAAGAAAACUCCAAUUCAUGUUAAUGUUCCUAAUUCUCCAGGAGAAUUACAUGAAUUUAUUUCGUUUUGGACUAGAGUAUUGACCAUCAUAUAUGAUGCAGUUAUGCUGAAAUUAAAUCAAGAUGCAUUAGAGAAAUUGAUAUCUAGGUGGAAUAACAUGGCUAGUAAAAUAUAG